AUAAGUGACGGUCACAGCUACAAAUAGGAGAAGAGCUAUCUCGGCUCAGUCUUCUGGACCAAUCAAAUAUCCAAUAAACAUCGCUGAAGGAAGAGAACAUUCUGUGAUUGGUUUAAUCGACAAGGGUGGGCGCGGCCUAACGCCUCCUGACUACUGUCACGCUGAGAGCAGGAAGAAGUGAAUCAGUGAGAGCUCUGCCGUCAUUUGGACGUUCGUGCUGACUUCACUGUGACUUUACCUGCAAAGCAAAAUGGCUGAGGCAGACAUUGCACUGAUAGGGUUGGCCGUCAUGGGCCAAAACCUCAUCAUGAACAUGGACGAUCACGGCUUUGUGGUCUGCGCCUUCAACAGGACCGUAUCAAAAGUACAUGAAUUCCUGCAGAAUGAGGCCAAAGGCUCCAAAGUCAUCGGAGCGGAGUCCUUAGAAGACAUGGUGUCCAAACUGAAGAAGCCCAGGCGCAUAAUCCUGCUGGUCAAAGCUGGUCAAGCUGUGGACGACUUCAUUGACAAGCUGGUUCCUCUUCUUGAGCAGGGAGACAUCAUCAUCGAUGGCGGAAACUCUGAAUACAGAGACACAACGCGGAGGUGUAAGAGUUUAAAAGAGAAAGGCCUGCUGUUUGUGGGCAGUGGAGUCAGUGGUGGAGAGGAAGGUGCACGUAAAGGACCCUCACUGAUGCCAGGAGGACACAAAGAGGCCUGGCCACACCUGAAAGACAUCUUCCAGAGCAUCGCAGCGAAGGUUGGAACAGAGCCUUGUUGUGACUGGGUGGGAGAUGAUGGUGCGGGUCAUUUUGUGAAAAUGGUUCAUAAUGGCAUUGAGUAUGGAGAUAUGCAGCUGAUCUGUGAGGCCUAUCACCUGAUGAAGGACGUGCUGGGUAUGGACCACGAUGAGAUGUCACAGGUUUUCGACAGCUGGAACAAAACUGAGCUUGACUCCUUCCUGAUUGAAAUCACAGCCAACAUCCUCAAAUAUAAAGAUACGGAUGGCAAACCUCUGCUGCCCAAGAUUCGUGACAGUGCAGGACAGAAAGGCACAGGGAAAUGGACGGCAAUUUCAGCCCUGGAAUAUGGCACGCCUGUCACUCUGAUCGGGGAGGCUGUCUUUGCCAGAUGCCUGUCCUCUCUGAAGGAUGAGAGAGUGGACGCCAGCCGCAAACUGAAGGGUCCACAGGGGGUGAAGUUCAAUGGAGACAAGGCUGUCUUCCUGGAAGACAUUAGAAAGGCUCUCUAUGCUUCCAAAAUCAUUUCCUACGCUCAGGGAUUCAUGCUGCUGCGACAGGCAGCCAAAGAGUUUGGCUGGACCCUGAACUACGGUGGGAUCGCGCUAAUGUGGCGAGGCGGCUGCAUCAUCAGAAGUGUGUUCCUGGGUAAAAUCAAAGAAGCCUUUGACAGAGAUGCUGAGCUGCAGAAUCUGCUGCUGGACAGUUUCUUCAGUAAAGCUGUACAGGACUGUCAGGAGUCCUGGCGCAGAACAGUGUGCACUGGGGUCCAGCAGGGUCUCCCCAUGCCCUGCUUCACCACAGCUCUGUCCUUCUACGACGGCUACAGACACGACGUGCUGCCAGCAAACCUCCUACAGGCUCAGAGAGAUUACUUUGGAGCUCACACAUAUGAGCUGUUAACAAACCCAGGUAAAUACAUCCACACGAACUGGACAGGCCAUGGUGGAAGCGUCUCCUCUUCAUCCUACAACGCUUAACCAUGCAGCGUCACAUCACUGAGGAACACAGGAACAACAGCAGGCAGAGAAUGAGGAAGAAGUUUCCUGUGACACAGAAAGUUACACAUUCCACAGUUGGUACAUUACAACCAUGAGUGAACAUGAGAAAACACAGCGUCCUAACUCGGUGUCCAUAUGUUCCUUAUAAUCCUGAAUAUGAAAAAUAAUGAUAGCUUUCUGUGUUGUUUAUUCUCUCUCUGUGUGUGUGUGUGUGUGUGUGUGUAGCCAGGAGGAGACGAAGAACAGUUUUCUGUCCUGAUGCAGUGGAUAUGAUACCGUUUACUAGGCUCCUGUUCACCAGUCAGGAUCACAGUGAUGCACUGUACUGUAUUAGGCUAAAUAAAGAUUUCAAUCCCUUUAUAA